UGUUUGUAACUUUACACAACCAUGCCAUAUGGCUCUGGCAUGAUCCAUGCAGUCAUCUGGCGUCCACAUCUUGAUACUUAGCAAAUGUAGUCGGUAUAAACAUGUUAGCAUUGCUAGCAAUGUAUGAAUACAACGUUGGUUGCUAACCUUAUUUUCAGGGCAAGUGGAGGCACCAUCUCUGAAGAUGUACCGCCCAAAGCCCACGUUGAAAGACCGCCAGCAUCUUUACAGGCUCAUCAUUAGCCAGCUGCUGUAUGAUGGAUACACCAACAUCGCCAACAGCCUCAUCAACGAGGUCAAGCCUGCCACUGUGGUGUCGCCUUCGGAACAGCUCAUGCAGCUGGCUAAAAUAGGUAUGGAGAACGACGACAGCGCCGUGCAGUACGCCAUCGGCCGCUCAGACACCGUGGCUCCCGGCGUGGGCAUCGACCUGGAGUUUGACGCCGACGUGCAGACCAUGUCCCCCGAGGCGUCCGAGUACGAGACCUGCUACGUGACAUCGCACAAGGGCCCCUGCCGAGUGGCUACCUACAGCCGCGACGGCCAGCUGAUAGCCACCGGCUCUGCAGACGCCUCCAUCAAGAUCCUGGACACGGAGAGGAUGCUGGCCAAGAGCGCCAUGCCUAUUGAGGUGAUGAUGAACGAGACGGCGCAGCAGAACAUGGAGAACCACCCGGUGAUCCGCACGCUGUACGACCAUGUGGACGAGGUCACCUGCCUGGCCUUCCACCCCACCGAGCAGAUCCUGGCCUCGGGCUCCCGGGACUACACGCUCAAGCUCUUCGACUACUCCAAGCCCUCAGCCAAGCGAGCCUUCAAACACGUACAGGAAGCGGAGAUGCUGCGUUCCAUUUCCUUCCACCCAUCAGGUGACUUCCUCUUGGUGGGCACUCAGCACCCCACGCUGCGGCUCUACGACGUCAACACCUUCCAGUGCUUUGUCUCCUGCAACCCGAUGGACCAGCACACCGACACCAUCAGCAGCGUCAGCUACAACCCCAGCGCCAACAGCUAUGUCACCUGCAGCAAGGAUGGCAGCAUCAAGCUGUGGGACGGGGUCUCCAACCGCUGCGUGGCCACCUUUGACAAGGCCCACGACGGUGCCGAGGUCUGCUCAGCCAUCUUCUCCAAGAACUCCAAGUACAUCCUGUCCAGCGGCAAGGACUCUGUCUCCAAACUCUGGGAGAUCUCCACCGGACGCACACUGGUUAAAUACACAGGCGCUGGCCUUAGCGGGCGUCAGAUGCACCGCACGCAGGGUGUCUUCAACCACACGGAGGACUAUGUGCUGCUGCCUGACGAGCGCACCAUCAGCCUGUGCUGCUGGGACUCGCGCACCGCCGAGCGCAAGAACCUGCUCUCGCUGGGCCACAACAACAUCGUGCGCUGCAUCGUCCACUCGCCCACCAACCCCGGCUUCAUGACCUGCAGCGACGACUUCCGCGCGCGCUUCUGGUACCGACGCACCACCACUGACUGAGGAGGAGGAGGAGGAGGAGGAGAAAGGAGUGGUGGACUUGUGCCCCACCUCUGACUGGUGGGAGAAGAGGAGAAAGGAGUGGAGGAGGAGACGGGAGUGGUGGACUUGUGCCCCACCGCUGACUGGAGGAG